ACCCUCCCCCUCCUCGAUCCCGACUACGCCGAGUUCUCGGUUUCACAUCCCUUGCCUUCUUCGCCUUCCUUGCCGGAGGAUUAUACUCGACCUUCGAUAUCACUGCACGCAUGAUGACGCUUAAGCUAAGCACCGAUGAGGAGACCCUCUCCGCUUUCAUCCCUGGUGACGAGUUCACCAAACAAGUGGACGACUACAUUCGCAAUCACCCAUUAGCCGUUUCAUUGCGGGAGGAUCCUGCUUUCACCGAGUCCCGUCCACACCUCAAGAUGCCGGCGCAGAUGCGCGAGCGUAGUCUCACGGGCGGUACGCUGGCCGGGCCAGACAAGAUUGUCGUCCCGCCGUUGGUGUUCUGCGAGGAUGGCGGAAAGAGCUUGGUUUCUAUACUCUACCUGGGUCCCAGCCUCUGUGGACACCCGGGAAUUGUGCACGGGGGGCUCCUGGCAACGCUGCUGGACGAGGCAAUGGGACGCUGCUGUUUUCCCGCGCUGCCCAACCGCGUCGGUGUCACCGCCAACCUGAACCUGGACUACCGCCUUCCCGCAAUGGCAGGCAACUACGUCGCGCUGCGGGCAGAAACGGUCAAGGUAGAGGGCCGCAAGGCCUGGGUGGAGGCGCGGAUUGAGACGCUACCCGAAGAUGGCAAGGAGCCGGCAGUCCUAGUAGAGGCGAAGGCGCUCUUUAUUGAGCCUAAGCAGGCUGCGGCUUUGUCCGGUUUGUACAACAUCACCGGUUAGAUUGUUAGAUCGAUGCGUGUUAUUCGGAUUUGCAAACUCAUCUUUACAAGCCCAUAGAAGGCAUUGGAAAGAACAUGAUUAGAUUUUUUUUCAAGCGUAUAGACGAUAUC